GCUGAGGCCGCGUGGUGCCGUUGCAGAUGAGCAGGGCGCGGGCGGACGAGGAGGAGUACUGGCACAGCUCCAAGUUCCGGGCCUUUACCUUCGACGAUGAGGAUGACGAGCUGUCCCAGCUGAAGGAAUCUAAGCGGGCGGUGAACAGCCUUCGGGACAUCGUUGACGAUGACGAUGAUGACCUGGAGAAGGUCAGCUGGAGCGGGGAGCCCGUGGGAAGCAUCUCCUGGUCAAUCAAAGAGACAGCCUCCAGCAGCAGCUCCCUGGAGGGCCGAGACACCAGCCUACAGAAGGGCUCUUCCUCCUAUGCAGCUCUUCCCAAGCAGGUUUCCUCCUAUUCCCUGAGCAACUUGUUUAAAGGACGAAACAGACUUCCAAGUUUGCCGUCCCUUUCAGACGCCUUCGCAGACUCAGGAGUUAAAAACUAUGCCCCAGAACUGCGCAGACCAAAAGCUGAAUACAAGGAUUACAGCAAUGACUGGAGCCCCAGAGAUACAGUCCGGCGAAUGCAGAGGGGCAAGGUCUGUUCUCUAGAGAGGUUUCGCUCCCUGCAGGACAAGCUGAUGCUCUUGGAUGAAGCUGUGGCGGGACAUGAUGGAAAUGUCAUCACAGCUGUCCUGAUAUUCCUGAAACGGACGCUAAGGAGAGAGGUCUUGUUUCGAGAGCUGGAGGUGCGGCAGGUGGCCUUGUGUCAUCUCAUCCAUUUCCUCAAAGAAACGGGUGAGCAGAAGCUGCUUCUGGAUCUGCUCAGGUUCCUAGACAGGACUGAGGAAGUUGCUCUCUCACAGUACCGGGAGCAUUUGAACAUCCAGGAUGUAGAAAAGAAGAGAGAAUUUCUGAAAGGCUGCAUUGGGCUGCCAUUUUCAGCUGAGGAUAUCUCCCACAUCCAAGACCAUUAUACCCUGCUGGAGAGACAGAUAAUCAUUGAGGCCAACGAUCGACACUUGGCGAUGGCUGGGCAGUCAGAGAUAUUUCGGAAAUACCCUCGCAAGGCCUCAAUUCUCAACAUGCCACUAGUGACCACUCUCUUCUAUUCCUGUUUUUACCACUACACAGAAGCUGAGGGAACAUUCAGCAGCCCAACCAAUCUGAAGAAGACAUUUAAGAUUCCUGAUAAGCAGUAUGUGCUGACUGCCCUGGCUGCCCGUGCCAAGCUACGAGCCUGGGAGGAUGUGGAUGCACUCUUAACCACCAAGAACUGGCUGGGCUACACCAAGAAGAAAGCACCUAUUGGCUUCCACCGGGUGGUAGAAAUCUUGCAGAGGAACAAUGCACCUGUCCAGGUGCUGCAGGAAUAUGUGCGCUUAGUAGAGGAUGUGGAAACACGGUUGAACCUUGCCACCAAAUACAAGUGCCAUGAUGUUGUGAUUGAUACGUACAGGGAUCUAAAGGAUCGCAUCCAGUUGAUGGCAUAUAAAUGCAAGGUGGAGCGGGGCUCUGCAGAAGAAGAGAAGAUAAACAGCCUACUCAGUAACAUGCAAAUCCGAUGGAAGAACUGAGCACCAGUGAAGUUAACCUGCUUGGACGUUGCCUUGCCAGUACAAAAGGAGACUGUAAAAGCUGUCCAGCGCCAACAGAGCAGCUCUGUUACUACUCAUUGCAUGAUCAGUGUUUGUCAGUGACACUGGGUGCUCACGGGACAGAGGCAUUCAGGCUGGUUGAAGACAACUGCUCUGAUGCAGCCAGUGAAACCAUGGUACUGAUGCACGAGGGUUGAUUCUUUUUGGAGUCUGAUUCUCUUUGACCUGGUUGCAGGACAGUCAUGGCUUUUGUUUACAGAGGGAAGUUGCUGGACCAGGCAAAGUUAUGUUUGUUUAUUGUGGUGUCUGGACUCAUUCUAGCAAGAGGAACAGGUCAGUCACUCGUGGAUCUCCAGUAGACAAUGCUGACCGACUGGUCCCUGUAAGAUUCAGGCUGGCUUGAGCAUCACCAGUCGUGGCUGUGGAGAACAAGGCCUACUGGACUGUGUUCUUCCUGCAUCAGAGUGUGAAGGGUGAAAGGGUCAGUUGCACCUUGAAGUCUUUCUUGGUUUGUUGUGGCUCACACCAGGAAAGGGGUGUUUUAUGAACUCCUGCAGAGAGCCAGGGCAGCAGCCUCUGCCUGUAUCCCUAUGCUGGCACUUGGCAGCUCUCGGCAGAUCCCUUCAUCAGGGAAGAGUGGGCAUGACGUGUGGAGCUGGUCAGAGCUGUGCUACAUUGGAUGGAGAGUAAGAAGGGACCACUCUCACUUAGCUUGAACCUGAUGAUCCCAGGAAGGAUUGAAUUGCACUUUCUCAGAAACACAAUUCCUCAGGCAACUGCUGGCUUCAUCCUUCCAGACCUCUCUUCAGUUUCUAAAAUAAAGCUGUCUCUUUCUCCUCA